AUGGGGAAAGGACACCACACGACCCGUGCACCUUCCAGGAAACAUGCCGCCACACGUGUGAUCGCGCAUGCCGAGACACAGACUGCGAUCUUCACGCACCACUACAAUCACGACAAUAAUAUCUUUCCUCGACGUUCCAUCGAAAAACGUUCAAAUAUCACACAGCUCCUGCUGCAAGAUCUCGGGGAUGUUUGCCAAGAUGUCAACAGGUUCUACGAUGGAGAUUCCGACGAGGAUCAUAACUCGGAAUUCGGCGGGCGAUCAUUUGUCAAGGCUAGCGAUGAUACCCCCAAGCUGACUGGCGAGAGUCUUGCAAAGUACUUUGGCCACGAAUGGGACAAAGAAGACGAGGCGAAGGACAAGGAAGUAUGGGACAAGAUUGCUACUGAUAUCUACAACUGGGCCUGCACUGACCCCGAGGACGACAUUUCGGAUCAGGGCACUGACGAUCUCGAUGCACCCGGAGCCAAAUCCACGGGCACAUCUCAGCCGCACUACAACAUCACCGAUUCACUCAACUUGACGCAUACCAGCGGAUUCGGGGAGAAACCUUCUACAACUGAGACAGCUGUCAUCGCGACGAAGUCUCCCCUCGGAAAGAGCACCGACAAUGUUGCCACCAUGGGCAUGGGCAACGUUCCGCUUGCAUUGGCAGCCUUUCUUUUACUGGUGGCAUUUGGCAUGUGA